AAAAUAUCUCCUUUUCAGAAGUCGUGCCUCUUGCACGCGGCCGAGGAUCAGUUAUGUAAGGCAAGCGCCUCAACCUUUGCAUGUAGACGGAGCCCAACAUGAUACGAUGCACGUUAUAUCAGCACCCUUACUCAAGUUGGAACUGAAAGGUUUGCACCCCAUUUGUUCACGUGAGCUGUUUUGUUAACAAGUGGAAGCUGGUGAUCUACAUCCGGUCAUCAGAGUAUUGUUUUGAUAGUUGCUGAUAACACGUUGGAGGUGGCUUUACGCCGGACUAGUCAGCGUCCAUGUAUUAGUGUCCACAGAAACACCACGAUGUUCCUCUGCGCUCGAUAUCGUCUUGAUUGUCUGAUAAUAUCGUUUUCUAGGUCCAUGACGCUGCCGGCUGUGGCUCCACGCCUGGUGGCCGUCAGUAAGACCAAGCCUCCAGAGAUGGUGAUUGAGGCGUACCGACAGGGACAGCGCAACUUCGGGGAAAACUAUGUAAAUGAGCUGGUGGAUAAAGCUUCCAAUGCUCAGAUAUUAGAGUCGUGCCCAGAAAUUAAGUGGCAUUUUAUCGGACAUUUACAGAAGAAUAAUGUCAACAAACUUCUGGGUGUUCCUAACCUGUUCAUGGUGGAGACGGUGGACUCGGCCCGGUUAGCAGACAGGGUGAACAGCUCGUGGCUGCGGCUCAGAGCAGGAGGCAGCACACUCAACAUCAUGGUGCAGAUCAACACCAGCGGGGAGGACAGUAAGCACGGGUUACCCCAAGAGCAGACCCCCGACACAGUGAGACACGUCCUGACCCGCUGCUCUGGCUUGCACUUUUCUGGCCUCAUGACCAUCGGUCGCUACGGAUAUGACCUCACAGAGGGGCCCAACCCAGACUUCCAGAUGCUGUUGAGUCGGCGACAGGAAGUGUGCGACAGUCUAAAGCUUCCCCUGGAGGAGGUGGAGCUCAGCAUGGGCAUGUCCACAGACUUUGAGCAUGCGAUCGAGGUGGGGGCCACCAACGUGCGUGUGGGCAGCACCAUCUUUGGUAACCGGGAGUACCCCAGCACGCCCAGCCCUGAAAGGAGGCCCAAGCCUCUGACGGAGGAGGCCGCUCGGAGACUGGAGAGUCUGACAGUGACCGGGAAGUGACCCUCCCCCGGCUCUCCUCCCCCUCUCCCUGCCUUCCCCCCCUCCCUUCUCUUGUCGCCCCCCCCCAUCCUCCACCACCUCCCCCCCACCCUCUCUCCCCCCCUCCCUCCCAUACAGAAACACCCACACAGCGACUGGGCCAGAGUAGUACAUAAUGACUAUGACUAAUGUUAUAAUAACAGGGGGUUUUGGACAGCAAAUCUAUAAUUUAUGUCUUAAAAUAUUUUUUUUCUUCCAAAUUGAUUUAUUUCUAGAUUUCCCCUUCUUAAACUUAGAUUAGACAGUCAGUAUACAGAUGUGUCCUCCUUUUAAAGCAGUAUCUCUAACAAUGAUCACAUCACUAACAUGCCAACGCUUUAGCUACUUGGGACAGACUUAUUUGCAACUGAAUAGGUUUGGUUAGAAGUCUGACUUAUUCUGUGCCAACAGCUCCCUCAACUCAUGAUGUUAUUUAGGGAUGUUGACAGAUUGAGUGAAAUUUGCGAAUGAGAUUUCAUUUUAGAUGUGAUAUUUUGUAUCUCAACUCCUCCUUUGCAACCUUGUUCUGUCAGACAAGAAGGGUUCUGCCUCCUGAGAGGGAAUUCUACCUGGUUAGAUGUCACCAGAUGUCACUUAAUUUCUGGUCAAAUUUAAUUGAAUAAAAACCUGUUUCUCCCUUUA